UCUUCCUAACAGACACAAGCAAACUAUCCACUGCUCUCGCUAACCACAAAGCUGUCCAAGCUCGAUAAAACUAUCUGGAACACCAUUCAUUCAUCACCCUGGGGGACCACACCUUCCCUGUGAGAUACAUCUGUCCCUUGUCUAGGGGUGUGGAACGAUCGCUCCUUCAGGGAUUACGUAAUGAAGCCUGAGAGAGCUGAGCUUUCACAAUGCCUGGGUCUUCACAGUCAGGAAUCAUUUCCGUGCUGUAAUGUCUGUGCAGCGCCUGCCUCCCUGCGGCUGAGCUGCUAUUGGAUGCUCUGCUCUGCUAAUGGUGAGCCUGAAGAGAUGCCUGAGGAGUGCUGGAGCAGGUCCCUCACAGUUAGGACGUGCUCCCAGAAAGAUUAAUCCCCUUCCUGUCCCUCGCAGUUGAAAGAGAGCUGCCUUUGGACUCACUUUCACUAUAAGGUGGGUGAAGGAAUGGCUUUGGCACUGUGCCUCCUGUUGGCCACUCUUUGUGUGCGCCAGGCAGUGGCAGGUCAAUGCCCAAGGGAGUGCAUCUGUGGCCAGAAACAACCCGUCAACCACACUGAGGUGGACUGCUACAAGCGGGGCCUGAGGUCGAUGCCAAGGGAGCUGCCUGGGGACGCCUGGGUUGUUAGGAUGGGUCAGAACUUCCUGCAAACUCUUCCUGCCAGAGUGCUUCAAGGAAUGCCGCACACUGAGAGCAUCAACUUUGAGCACAACACCAUUACAACAAUCCACCCUCGGGCUUUCUCUGGGGCCGGUCAACUGAUACUGGUCAAUCUCCAUGGCAAUCAACUGAGCAGGCUGCCCCGCAGAAUCUUCCAGGGUCUCUCCAGGCUCCGCUUUCUGAUGCUGGGACAAAACCGUUUCACAUUCCUCAGGCCUGAGAUGUUUGCUGGGCUCCACAAUCUGACAGACUUGGACAUGUCAUUGAACGACAUCACCUCACUGCCACCCAAUAUCUUCCAGGCUCUGAGUGACCUCAGGAUCCUGGAUUUGGCCUUCAACAAGAUCCAGAAGAUAUCUGGCAACGCCUUCACUGGACUUGGCCUGCUCUACAGUCUCAACCUGGACCACAACAGGAUUCAGUCCAUCCCCCUGAGAACCUUCAAGCCAUUGGGCAGUCUGAAGAUACUGGUGCUGGACAACAACUUGCUCUACACCCUCAACGCCACAGCAUUAGAAGGUUUAGGUAACUUGCGAGAGUUGUAUGUGAGAAAUAAUGACAUUAGCAAGCUUCUAAGAGAUGUCUUCAAACACACUCCCAGACUUACCCAUCUAGCCCUGAACGGCAACAAGCUGAAAUCUAUUGAUGGCACAUCAUUCUUGGCAUUGACAGGUGUCCAGGAGGUUUUCCUGCAUAACAAUCCCUGGUCAUGUGACUGCAGGAUGAAGAGCUUCCUUCGUUGGCUGUCUCAGAGUGAAGUGAAUGUCUUUUCCUUGGAAAUGCUGAGGUGUAGCUCUCCUUCCUGGAACAAGGGCAAGACCCUGAGCAGCCUGAAACCAGUUGACCUGAGGUGUAAGGCAAGAGGCUGAAGAACUGCUCCCAGCCAUUGCUCCAUUCCCUUCCAGCCCCAUUCUCUGCACUUCCGCACUCUUUAUAUAGUUGCUUACCAAAGCUGACCAUCAAAAGACACGGUUGAAAAUGUGCAGAACCAACAUGACUCUCCAAUUCUCAUCUAAUUCAUUCCUUUAAAUAAACAAUUCAAAAAUUACAGCAGGAUCUCCAGUCUUCCAGCACCUCGCCCGUAUCCAAUGAUGAUUGAUAUAUCAAAGCCAGUGUGCCUGCAAUUUCUUCUCUAGCUUCCCACAGUGUCUUUAGAUAUAUCUGAUCAGGCCCAGGAGGUUUGUCUCCCUUCAAAUGCCUUAGGCCAUUCAGCACCUCUUAACCAUAAUAGUGACUGUCCUCAAGACACUUUAAUUAAUUGCCCCAAGUUCCCCAGUCUUCAUGUCUUUCUCCACAGUAAAAAUAGAAAUACUCAUUGCGGACUUUGCCCAUCUCCUGCAGCUCCACAUAGAGAUGACCACUUUGGCUUCUGAUGGUCCCCAGUCUCUCUCUCGUCAUCCUCUUUCCUUUAAUGUACUUCAUUGAGGAGAGUUGUGGAUGUAGCCCAGUCCAUCACGCAGACUAAUGUCCCUACCAUCGACUCCAUCUACACUUUAUGCUAACUCGGGAAAGCAGCAAACAUAAUCAAGGACCUUUUUCACCCAGUCUUCCCUCUCCCAUGAAGCAGAAGAAACAAGUAUGAAAGCAUGUACUACCAGUUUCAGGAAUAGCUUCUUCCCCCCUCUUAUCAGAGGCUGACUUCUCAAACACUAGAUGUAAUCCCGAUCUUCAAACCUACCCAUUGCAACCUUGUACCUUUUCUCUGUAACAUUAAUGUUAUGAUGCUAUAAAUUCUGACUCUGGUAUUUUUUUUCUUUGCACUACUUAAGAAUGGCUUGAUUGUACAUGAAUAAUAUGAUUGGAUUGGAUUGCUCAAACAAAACUUUUCACUGUAUCUCGGUAUACAUGACGACAAUAAACCAACACUAAUACCCUA